AUGAAGUUUCUAGUUCUUUGCGCAUUUUUCACCGCCCUCGUGUGCAUUACACAGGCUUCACCUAUCGCUGAAGAAAUAGAAUCUCCAGAACUGUCUUCUAUCGCAGUGGAACCAAUGGAGAUGUUAAAUAGUGCUCCACGUAGCUGCACGCCCUCGUCGUGUUACAAUUUGUGCAGGAGACUGGGAUGGCGCACAGGCAGCUGCAACGGGUCACGUCAGAGAGAACCGGAUAGUCUUGAAAAACUGGUAGUGAGGGGUGAUAGCAGGAGAAGUUGUUCUCCUACCCGUUGUUCUGAAUUUUAUGGUUCCAAUCAUGGUUCUCAACAUCCCUAA